AUGCACAAAUCUUCGAACCUCAUUAUGGAAAUAGUAUUCGAGUUACAAUCCGAUAAGGAGUACUAUAGUAACGUAUCCAACACUUUGCUUUAUAAUUAUGUUCACAUGCACAAAUACUUGCCUGUCUGUCUCUCCGAAAUCCGGAUGCAGUAUUUAAAUACAGACGACAUGGAGGAUAUGAUCGACCGAAUCGUGGAGAUUGAGCAAAACCUAAUCGGUAUUGUGGCACGCGCAGAUGCAGUACUAUAUCGGCUGGAGUAUAUUGAAGUUGUGAGACGUGAUCAUCGCUCUCGAAUGGUGCCCCUCAUCGAAGGAUUAAGCCAAGUGAGUCACUCUAUUAUCUUCGUGAAUGUUUCUGUCUGGAGGUAG